AUGCGACUCGGGAAUACUAUUCACAUUCAGCCCCUCAUUGACCCGGUGAUUGAUCAGCGUAAUGUGGACCUUGAAGCUGUCUUGUCUUUACUGAAGCAGUCUCGAGUGGCCACAAGCAAAGGAAAGAAACGCGCUGCUCCACCAACACCCCCUGGUCCCAAUAAGCGCGCACGUAUAUCACCUUCAAAGACUGAACAUCUAAACAGCCAAAAUCGAGCGAGUGAAGACCUAGAAACUAUCUGUGUUUAUCGCCAUGUCCUAGAUAUUCGGUACGAAUGUUUUGUGCCUAGUCACGACGUGGGGACGGUCGAGUUUGCGCAGGAGGCCGAGCUCGCGGCGCGUUGUUCGAUUCAGGCAGCAGUUACCACCGCGUCUAUUGAAGCUGAUGAAGAUGUAGAGUUCGUAGAGGACGAUUGUCGAGAAGAGUCUCCCGGAUCUCGUGAGGAAGUCGGAGUAGAGUGUGUAGGCGUGGUAAAGCUUUCAAGAUGGCUUAAAGAGCAUGUUGCAUCGCAGGAGGGAUCUCACAGCUUUGACUUGGGUUCAAUGCACUUGGAAGUCAACAAGCCCCAGAAACGCUCCGGCGGCAAAUCCGUGUUAACAGCAUGUAUGCAAGAAAACCGGUCGUACGUGCUGACUGUCCCAGGGGUGGACGAUACUUUUGAUACAGCCGCACACGACAUACGGCUCCAACAUCUCGCUGAUCCUCUUAGUGCCUUCCACGUCCUGGAGACGGCAGGCCGUGCUGAGGUCAAUGUGAACGCGUAUUUGCACUACUCGAACGACGGUGCAAUAGUCAGUUACCCAGGUGUGCUUGUGUUUCGCAUAUGUUUAGAGGUCGAAAUAUCCCUGAUUUCUCCAACAAUUUUCGAGCCUAUCAUCGAACCCUCCAAACAGCGCGCGAGUGAUGUCGAGGAAGCGCAGCGCCGUGCUCUCCUCCAUAUUUUCCCUUCGACUGGGCCAUAUCCCACCUCAUUCCACAGUGCAACUGACGUUCCAUUUCUUUAUUCGAUUCUUGGACCGGCUCCGCGCUUGCGAACGUCUCAGGAGGAGCUGCUUGCACAGCCCAAGGCUCUUCUUCCUACAUUGCUCCCUUUCCAGCGGCGAAGUGUCGCAUGGAUGCUCUCUCGCGAGGCCACAGGCUUCUCUGAGUGCGGUGCCAUCAUACCCGACGCUGAAGUGCCCAAGGCAUCUGCGGCGUCAAGCAAACUUCCGUUGUUUUGGGAGGAAGUGUCACUGGGAGUAGAUGCGGUUUGGUAUAAUCGUUUGCGAGGUAUCAUAUCUCGCAACGUGCCGGAGAAACAGGAACCAGCACUGGGGGGUAUUCUAGCUGAAGAACCCGGCCUCGGGAAGACACUGGAAUGUAUUGCACUAGUACUGCUCAAUCCUUCAAUUGGACGCGAUCCUAGCAACAGUCGCUGGGAUCCCGAAUCGAAGCUGUCGGUAAAAGAAAUCAAGACCACGUUAAUCGUUACUCCUGGAUCGUUGGCGCGUCAAUGGGCGGACGAACUUGCUCUUCAUGCUCCGACGUUAAAAGUGCUCAUGUAUGACGGCUGGUCUAAAACACCAAUUCUCGCACAAGCUCUCAAACAGCAGUUGAAGUUGGGAGCUAUACAAUCAAAAAAGAAGCUCAAAGGACAUAGCAAGUCAAGAUCUUCCACACCGGCCGCGAGAACGAAACGCUCGUCUAGGGCGCCUGCAAGCGAACUUGGGGAUGGGAGCACGGAUCCCACUGUAGAUGCAAAAGACGAAGAUGACGCGCCGUUUGACUGGUGUACAUAUGUUCAUACAUUCGAUGUGUGCAUCACGACGUACGCUGUGCUACAACAGGACCUUGGGGUUGCUCGUCCACCUCCUACGCGACCCCGUCGUGCGGGUACGCAAUAUAGUGAUAUAGCGCGGGCACGGAGUCCUCUCGUCAAGUGCCAAUGGUACAGAGUUAUCAUGGACGAAGUGCAGAUGGUAGGCGGCGGCAAGGCUGAAGAGAUGGUCUCGCUCAUCCCAAGGGUUUCGUCGUUUGCUGUGUCGGGUACCCCAGCUCGCGCGCAGACAGCGGAUUUGAUCCAUGUUGUGAAAUUCCUACGUAUUGACGAAGUCGUGAAAUAUCCCCGCGUCUGGCUUCGAUUGUUACAACCUGCAUAUGUCAAUGAGUUUACGUCCUUGUUCUGUCGCUAUGCAAUCAGAACGGUCAAAGCUGCUGUCAGUGAAGAACUGACCAUCCCCCACCAAACACGGUAUCUUGUGCCCAUUGAACUGGGUCGAAUUGAACGCCAUGUUUACAAUCAGAACUUUGAAAAUGCUUUGCUAGAUCUUGGUCUAGAUGCCCGUGGGGUCGCUGUGAGAGCAGAUUGGGAGCUUGAUACAGCUGCUCUGCGCUUCUGGCUUCGGAAGCUUCGCGGGAUCUGUACGCAUCCACAAGUGGGCCAGUUGCUGAACAAUGCAGACAAGCUGCAUAAGCCUGGUGUGUUGAAGACCAUAGGCGAGGGCAUGCGCGAACAGAAUUGGCGAAACUUGAUGGAAGACCGUCGCAACAAGGUUCAAAUGAUGUCUACCUUAGCCCAGCUUCAACAACGAGAUGAGGCCCAACCGGACCGUUAUCGUCUUGCCCUGGAUAUACUCAUAGCAGCUGAGAAGGAGGCCCUCCAGUUGAUUGGGGAAGUGAAAGCCGCUCUCGCGGAGCAUGGCCGUCGAGGAGAAGCUCUGAAGCCAGAUAAUGAAUGCUCAAGAGCGACCCAUGGCUUGGCUACACCCGGUUUGAAUGGGAAAGGAAAAGCGCGAGCUUCGAGCGUCGACUCGGCAUUGUCCGAUCUGUCGGACUCGGACGAUGAAGGUUUACCUCGCAAUCCUGCGAGGGAGGAGCAUGCUGUAAAAAGGGGUGCUCUGCAGAAUCGUCUGAGAGAAUGCUGGAUCUCGCACCAUAAAGUACUGUUCCUGAAAGGUGAUGUAUACCAUGUUCUCGGCGAAUCAUAUGCGGAUGCCGAGAAUCAAGCAUAUGCGGACGCUGAAGAUCUGAGGCGGUUGUUGUUGAAAGGGACGGAGCAAGCAGCGGCACGAGCUAUGACCCAGCUGAAUCGUGAUACAUCAAUGAAAUUACUCACCGAGAACGACUUGUACAUCGGAGCCUCAUAUUUAGAUCAAGGCGGUAUUCGAUCUGCGGCGCUAAUGGAAGAAGCAAAUGAGAUCAUAGAAGGACUUCUCAAUGAACAGUCGGCCUUGCUUUGGCAAUGGAGACAGAAGCUCAUUGUCCUACUGACUCAGUCACUUACGGCUAACAACCAAGACGCGGAUGGCCAGGAGUAUGCUCGGAGUCUGGAGACCCAAGGCGAGGCCGAGGCCUACUUGCAAGCAUACGCGGCAUUACUUGCGGAUCGAAGGGAAGCCCUCACUGCGGAACGUACCCUUCUAGCUACGCACGACGUACGAGAAAAGUUUUCUCGCCAUACCAAAGCAGCCCAGAAGGCCGCCGGUGCGGUUUUUGAAGACGUGGUGAUGGUCCCGCUCGAACCGCUCGGGGAAGAGCAUAAUCUUCCUGAACACGAGGUCUUGUUGAGGUCCUUAAACGAGGAGCGGAAAGUUCUUCUGGAAGAAUUUGAUCCUCAGAGGGCCGUCAAAUCUGUAAUGGUCGACUUGCACAAUAUCGCAGCGCGCAUUUACAAACAGGAUGAUCCCGAGGGGUUUCUCAUCAGAGAUGCAGUGAAAAGGUUGCGCACGCUACUCGCCGAUCAGGCAAAAUUGAUGGACAGACUACAGGCAGAUCUAGGACAGCUUCGCAAGGCGUUCAAUGAGCGCAUAUCCUACUUCCGUCAACUACAAGAGAUUUCGGAUACUGUCGCUGAGGCGGCCUGGGAGGGCGAUGUCGCUGAUGCCAUUGUCAAUAUUCAUACUGAAAACCGAGACUUGGAGACAAAAAUCAACACUAAUCGCGCUAGGCAACGAUAUCUUGACUACCUCGCCAAGUCUCAAGAGGAAGGGACGGUGGACGAAGACGAACGAUGCUGUGUCCUCUGCCGGUCCGAGUUUACCCGUGGAUACAUUACACCUUGUGCACAUGUUUUCUGUGAGUCGUGCUUGAAGGAGUGGCGGUUCUCGUUGAAGAAGAAUGCCGACCAAGCGCCCCCUGGUCCUGUCAGGCUCGUCAACAACGAGCUCGUUCCAAUGUCAAGACGAGAAAUUAAUUACAAUGUCGUUGAUCCCACGCUCUUUGAGGAUAUUCAAGCGAUGGAAUCGUUCGGAAGCUAUGGAAGCAAGAUUCAAACACUUGUACGACAUCUGUUGUACCUGCAAAUCACUGAUUCGGGAGCGAAGAGUAUCAUUUUCUCGGCGUGGGCUGAUUCUUUGCUUAUUAUCCAGCAUGCACUUGCGCAUAAUGGCAUUGAGUCUAUCAGAAUUGACCAGCACAAGGGCAAAGAAAGCGCAGCAAACCGAUUCCGAUUGGACCCUAGCAUUUCAGUCCUUCUCCUACACGGCGAGCGCGAAAAUGCUGGGCUGAAUGUGACUUGUGCUUCGCGUGUAUUCUUGGUUGAGAGUGUCGUCCAUCACGGGUUUGAGCUCCAAGCGAUUGCGCGAAUCGACCGUAUGGGUCAGACCCGACCCACAGAGGUGUACUGCUAUUACGCUGAAGAGACUGUGGAGCGGAACAUCCUCGAUCUUGCCGCAAGACAAGGGCAAUCUCUGUACACGAAGGAUAAUUCGGCCGGAACGCUGGAUGUGACUCCUUUCGCGCUCCCCUCGAACCAGAAAGCGGUGGACAUGCCUGCGAAGAAGAUGCAGAAGGGUGAUUUCGUGUUCAAGACGGAUGACAUGCUUGCGAUAUUCUUCCCGCACCUCUAUGAGGAUCUAGAGUAUCUGCUACCGCCUGAGGACGCCCCAAACACUGAACCUGAACAAGCCCAGAUGCAAAUGGCGAAAGAGCCGGAGAAUGCAGUUGCGGGUCCGUCAAGGUUGUCUGCUUGA